AUGGCUGAAGUUGCAUUUCCUUUGGCAGCCAAACUCAUUGAAAAGCUCGGGUCCAUUGCUUCUGAGCAGAUCUCCUCGGCAUGGGGCGUUAAAGCUGAUCUGAAAAAGCUUCAGCGCACAAUGUCCACCAUCAAAGAUGUCCUCUUGGAUGCCGAACAGAAGCAAGCUCAUAACCAACAGAUCCGCAGUUGGCUACGACAGCUUAAAGAUGUAUUUCUUGAUGCCGAGGACUUGUUGGAUGAGUUCGAGUGCGAAGCUUUGCGAAGGGAAGUGGUGGAAACAUUUCAUGGCACAAUUGGAAAGGUACGCCGUUUCUUCUCUCGUUCUAAUCCAAUCGCAUUCCGUUUCAGAGUAGGCAAUGAAAUCAAGGAGAUUAGAGAGAGAUUAGAUGAGCUCAAGUCCAAUAAGGCUAUAUUUGAUUCUCUCGCCAUUCUUCCUCAUGGAGAUGGAGGUGAUCAUCAUGAAAGACCCUUCGUUCCUGCUUCAAAGGUUAUUGGUAGAGAGUCUGAGAAGGAAGAAAUUGUAAAUCUGUUGAUGCAACAAGGUGAUGAUGAUCAAAGUGGGAAUUCUAAUAAUAAAAUCUCUGUCAUUCCGAUAGUGGGGAUUGGAGGUUUAGGGAAGACCACACUUGCCAAGUGGGUGUACGAUGAUAAAAGGGUCGUUGGGCAUUUCGAAUUGAGGAUGUGGGCACCUGUUCCGGUGGACUUUGAACUUACUAGAUUGACAAGACUGAUUCUUGGCUCUGCAUUAAAUACAGAGAUCAAUGAUAAAUUGACGCUGGAUCAGUUGCAAGGAAGGCUAUGUGAAGCUUUGAAGGAUAAGAAAUUUCUGCUUGUCUUGGAUGAUGUUUGGAAAGAUGAUGCUUUAAAGUGGAGUCAGUUGAGAGAUCUAUUGACAGAGGGAGCCAAGUCAGGAAGUAAGAUUUUAGUGACCACAAGAAGUACCACAGUUGCUGAGAUCAUGGAAUGUGCUUUUAAAGAGGGAAGUGAUAAAGACUAUCCUAAGCUCUUUGAAAUGGGAGAAGCUAUUGUCAGAAAGUGCGGAGGGGUUCCAUUGGCGGUGAAAACUUUAGGGAGUCAACUAUACUCAAAGACUGAUGAACGGGAAUGGAAAUUGGUGAGAGAUUCUGAGAUAUGGGAAUUGAAACAAGAAGAUGGUGGUCACAUUUUACCUGCUUUGAGAUUGAGUUAUACCCGAUUGCCUCCUCAUUUGAGACAAUGUCUUGCUUACUGUUCCUAUCUCCAAAAGGAUAGGAUUGAAUAUGGUAGUAAUGCAUUGAUCCAAUAUUGGAUAGCACAUGGAAUCCUUCAUCAGUAUCGUGUUCAUGGGAAUAUGGAGUUGGAAGAUAUUGGAGAGCUAUAUUUUAAGGAAUUAUGGGCGAGAUCCUUCUUUCAAAACGUUAUUAAUUGGACUAUGUUCUACAAGUUUGAUAUGCAUGAUCUUAUCCACGAUCUUGUACAAUCAGUUGCACAAGGUGAGUGUUUCACAGUGAAGUCUGCAAACACCAAAGACAUAUCUGAAAAUGUUAGACAUUUGACAGUUUUGGAAGCAGGCCAAAAUGUUUCAACAACCUUGCAAAAGUUGAACAAAGUGCGGACUAUAACAGCAGAGGAAACAAAGAUUGAUGAAUCCUUCAUGUGCACUUGCUUUUCAAGAUUCAAGUAUUUGCGAGUGGUUGGGUUACCUACAUGUUCAUUACAAGUGUUGCCAAGUUCCAUUGGUUCCCUGAAACAUUUGAGAUAUCUAGACUUGACUAGUAAUAAAGCAAUAACGAAACUCCCUAAUGCAAUUUGCAGACUGCAGAGCUUGCAAACUCUAUAUCUUGCUGAUUGUGAGAAUCUUGAAGAGUUGCCCAGAGAUAUAAGCAAAUUGAUCAGCCUCAUAACACUUGAAUUAACCACAAAACAAACAAGUUUUCCAAAGAAUGGGGUGGGAUGCUUGAAAUCACUUCGAUGUCUUGCUAUUUCUGGGUGUAGUAAUUUAACCUCUUUGCCGCAUGAAACAAGCUAUCUUGCUUCCUUACAGAGUCUAACGCUAUACAAAUGUGAACAACUAGAUUUGUGGAACGUAAAUUAUCAAGGAACUCCACUGAGGCUUCAAAAAUUGUGUAUUGUAAAUUUACCGCGGAUGGUGGCAUUGCCUGAAUGGUUUCAAGGAGCGGCUAACACCCUUCAAUUCUUGGCUAUUUACGGGUGUGAGAAUUUGGAGGCAUUACCUGAGUGGUUGGCAAGUUUCACAUUAGUCACAAAGUUGGUCAUUGAUUCAUGUUAUAAAUUGGCGUCUCUGCCAGAAGGGAUGCGUUCUCUUACCUCCUUAAGAGAACUUGUGAUUGAAGAUUGUCCUGAAUUGGAGUUGAGAUGCCAGCGCAACAUCGGAGAAGAUUGGCCCAAGAUUUCUCAUGUGCCACAUGUUUCCUUUCACUUGUUCGAUUGA